AUGCUCGAAUCACAAUUGAAACCCCACAGAUACUCCAAGCAAAUAGGCAGUUUCACCUUCGAUAAACGAUUUGUGAGUGUCAACAUUUCGAGUGUCAACCACAGAUCACAUUUCGACUUGAAUAGGUUUGAGAUGUCGUCAAUUGUAGAAGAGGAAGUUGUGGAGUCGUCGAUUUUGGCAGAGAAACAACUUGCUGCUCUCGACACAUUUCAUGUCGUUUCUAAGGUUGAAAAAUUGAUAAAGGAACUGCCAACUGUUCCAGCUGAUUGGCCAAAAGGCAGUAACAUCAACUCUGCUGAGAAGGGUCAAAUAAGCAAUAGUAUUUCUUUACAACAUGCAGAAAACGGAACCAACCUCCGUGAAACACAAAGCAUGCUCCUGGAGAGAAUUGCUAGUGAAAUGAACCGCCUUAAGUUUUAUAUUGCUCAUGCACAGAACAUGCCCUUCAUAGAGAACAUGGUGAAGAGGAUUCAGAAUGCUAGCUUGUUGCUAGAUACAAGCUUGGGGCACUGUUUCAUAGAUGGGCUGGAGCACAAGGAUGCAAGUGUUAUCUACAAUUGUUUACGUGCAUAUGCUGCUACUGAUAAUACCAAUAGUGCUGAAGAAAUUUUUCGCUCAACCAUUGUAGCACCAUUCAUACAAAAAGUCAUCCCUCAUGGCUCAUCUGUAACUGUUGGAGGGUCCACUGGAGAUGAUCUUGAGCAAGACUAUGAAAGGAUCAAGCAACAUAUUGAAGAUGACUGUAAAUUUCUGUUGGAGAUAUCUUCUACAGAAAAUUCAGGUCUUCAUGUUUUUAGCUUUCUGGCAAAUUCUAUACUCAAGGAGGUCUUAUCAGCCAUCCAAAAGGGGAAACCUGGGGCCUUCUCUCCCGGAAGGCCCACGGAGUUUUUGAAAAACUAUAAGUCAAGCCUAAGUUUCUUGGAAUAUCUUGAAGGUCACUGUCCCUCUAGGUCUGCUGUUGCCAAACUCCGUGAAGAGCCAGUCUAUAUAGAGUUCAUGAAGCAAUGGAAUACUGGAGUUUAUUUCUCAUUGAGGUUCCAGGAAAUAGCUGGUUCUUUGGAUUCUGCACUCACGUCUACUACACUUGUGCCGUCCCCGAACCUGGAAAACUCUCAAAGCUUGGUAUUGAAGCAAAGUAUCUCUCUUAUGGAUUGCUUGAGAUCGUGUUGGAGAGAUGAUGUUCUCCUGCUUUCUUGUUCUGACAAGUUUCUGCGCUUAUUUUUGCAACUUCUUUCAAGAUACUCCAAUUGGUUGUCAGCUGGACUUAGUGCUCGAAAAGCUGGUAAUGCAGCUGCCACUCCUGGAUCUGAAUGGGCAACAUCUGCUUCCCCAGAUGAUUUCCUCUACAUAAUUCAUGAUUUAAAUAAUCUUGUGGAGGAAGUUCGCAGUGAUUAUCUUGACCAUGUACUAGGGGUUCUCAAGUCUUGUUCCUCUGAAGUACUUGAUCUUGUGAAGCAGAGUAUUUUACAGGGUAGUGAUUCCCUAAAAGUUCUUCAGACUCCUGUAAUCAAUUCAAUCGUAGAAGCUCUUGUUGAGAAGUCUGUGGAGGAUUUGCGACAAAUCAAAGGAAUAACUGCAACAUUUAGGAUGACGAACAAACCUCUUCCUGUUAGGCAUUCACCCUAUGUAUCUGGGGUAUUGCGCCCUUUAAAGCUUUUUCUGGAAGGGAAGCAGGCUGCUACAUACUUGACCACAGAGCACAGGGAGGAACUCCUACAAGGCACUGCUUCUGAGAUCACUCGUCGAUAUUAUGAAUUAGCUUCUGACCUUGUUAGUGUGGCCAGGAAAACCGAGACAUCACUUCAGAAAAUACGUUUGGGCGCCCAAAGACGAGCUGGAGCAAGUUCAGAUGUCUCAGACAAUAACAUAUCUGAUACAGACAAGAUAUGCAUGCAGUUAUUUCUUGAUAUUCAGGAGUAUGGGCGUAACCUUGCUUUGCUCGGGGUUGAUGCUACUUCUAUGCCGGCAUAUCGUUCCUUGUGGCAGUGUGUUGCCCCUUCGGAAAGGCAAAACACCAUAAGCUUCUAGUGCAGAAUUUCGACAAAAGUGGACUCAUGCUAGAAGAAGAGGAAACGUGAACCACAGCGGCCAAGAUAUACUGUUUUUGUUGUCCUUAUAUUGAGCCAUUUUUCAUGUGUAGGGUAAAUUACUGGCUUAUUUUAUUUCAUCUUCCGAGGUCAUUCUGUGUUUUUUUAGCAUUCUUAUAUGUAUAAAACUGAAUGACCGAUGGAAUCAGUGCUUUCUUGCAAUGGUACUGUUGUCAAGUUUGUUUCCGAUACAACAAAUAUACAUACAUAUCUUAUGUGAUUA